UGUAGAUUGCUGUCCAGUUGUGUUUACAAACGCGCGUGGUCGACUGCCUGACCAUGACUUUGAAGUAUAUUUUAGUAUUCAUAGUGCUAUGUGUAAAUGUCAACUGCAAAUCUACAUAUAAAAUAUGUGUGCCGGUGCAGCAUUUGAAAGCGUGCGAGGAUAUGCUGGAAGUGCCUACGAAGAGCAAAGCAAUAUUGGAGUGUAUACCGGCUAGGGACAGGGUGGAAUGCUUGAACUACGUGCAGCAGCGCCAAGCUGACUUGGUGCCGGUGGACCCCGAAGACAUGUACGUCGCCUCCAACAUCCCCAACCAGGACUUCGUGCUGUUCCAGGAGUAUAGGACGGAUGAGGAGCCUGAUGCGGAGUUUCGAUACGAGGCAGUGAUAGUGGUGCACAAGGAUCUGCCAAUCAACAGCCUGGAUCAGCUGAAAGGACUGAAAUCCUGCCACACUGGAGUCAACAGGAAUGUUGGAUAUAAGAUUCCCCUGACGAUGCUGAUGAAGAGAUCAGUUUUCCCCAAGAUGACUGACAGGGAGAUAUCACCGAAGGAGAACGAGCUACGAGCCUUCUCUACUUUCUUCAAGCAGUCGUGUAUCGUUGGCAAAUGGUCGCCUGAUCCGAAGACCAAUGCUGUGUGGAAAUCAGAGUACAGUCAGCUGUGCGCGCUCUGCGAGCAUCCAGACAAGUGCGACUAUCCGGACAACUUCAGCGGUUAUGAGGGAGCUCUCAGAUGUCUGGCGCAUAACGGUGGCGAAGUUGCCUUCACCAAGGUCAUAUUCGUGAGGAAGUUCUUUGGGCUACCAGUAGGAACCACUCCAGCAACACCAUCCACAGAGAACCCAGACCAGUUCGCAUACCUCUGUGUGGACGGGUCCAAAAAACCUAUUAGAGACAAACCGUGCUCAUGGGCUGCUCGACCCUGGCAGGGACUGUUGGGACAUAACGACGUCCUGGCCUCGCUUACCCCGUUGAGAGAGAAGAUCAAGCAGUUGGCUGAAGCAGGUAAGACAGAGAGGCCGGAAUGGUUUGAGAAGGUGCUGGGUUUGUCAGAGAAGAUCCACCACGUAGCAGACAAUAUCCCCAUCAAGCCUAUGGACUAUCUCAACAAGGCCAACUACACUGAAGUCAUCGAGAGAGGACAUGGACCACCAGAACCUGUUGUCAGGCUCUGCGUAACCUCCUCCGUGGCCCUGGCGAAAUGCCGUGCCAUGUCGGUAUUCGCUUUCAGCCGCGAUAUCAGGCCCAGGCUGGACUGCGUUCAAGAGGCCAGCGAUGAAGCGUGCCUUAAGAGUGUUCAAGACAACGGCUCAGAUCUAGCCGGAGUAGACGCUUUAAAAGUUGCCACAGCUGACAAAAUGUACGGUCUCCAUCCCGUCUUCCACGAGGUGUACGAGAACAAACAACCCAAAUAUGCCGUAGCCGUUGUCAAGAAGGGCUCCAAUAUCAACAACGUGGAUGAUUUGAAGGGAAAAAGAUCCUGUCACAGUUCAUACAACACGUUCAGUGGUUUAGCCGCGCCGCUGUACUAUCUAAUCAGCAAAAACAAAAUCUCCAAUGAUCAGUGCAUAAAAAACUUUGGCGAAUUCUUCUCGGGAUCAUGUGUGCCUGGAAUUGAUAAACCGGAAAAUAAUCCUACAGGCAUGGACGUUUCUCGUCUGAAGCAGCAGUGCUCAGGCGCCAGUAGCGGUGUAGCCUGCCUCGAGGAUGGACGUGCGGAUGUAGCUUUUGUCUCUAGUGCCGGCUUAAAGGAUCUGAGUGCGGACGAGUACGAGCUCCUCUGUCUGAACCGUGAAAAUGGCGGUCGCGACAAACUAUCCAACUACCCCAUUUGUAACGUCAUGAUGGCUCCUUCAAGAACCUGGGUGUCAGCCAAAGAUUUCCUCUCAGACGUGUCCAUUGCCUUCACACCGCUGAGUCUAGCCGAGUUGUUGGAGACCAAGACUGAUUUGUUCAAUAUCUACGGAGAGUUCCUCAAGAAUAACAAUGUUAUAUUUAAUAAUGAAGCUAAAGGGCUGGCUACAACGGAGAAACUAGAUUUCGACAAGUUCAAAAACGUCCACGAUGUUAUGAACGCUUGUGGAGUGAAGGUGUAAA